CGUUCUUUGUGUGCAUUUCUUUGUUUUCACAAUGUUUUCUGUAAAUUUUAUGCAGCCAUGUUCAUUUACCAACUCAUAACUACGAUACAGGGUGUAGGUUUUUGUCUGCUAGAUCUUUUGGUCUCUUUUAAAUCAUGAAGAGUGUCAGUGCUGCUUCGUUUGCCGUACCGACUCCAAUUAGCAAGAUGAAUGAGAUUUCUGUUGACCAAAUGGACCUGCUACAGCGAUUCUUUGAGUGCUCUGUCCUUCAGCCUUUGAUAGACACCGCCCGUUUAACUGAUUGCAUUUCUUCUGUAGAACUCGAGCAGCUCAUGAAACAAUUUGAGGACUUUAUUCACGACCCUUCCACGUCUGCUGCGUAUCUUGUUCGGACAGAUGACGCGUUAACUGAGUUGCAAUUGGUUUCACGGUCUGAUUUUAAGGAUGAUCUUGUUCAAAGCAAUACAACAUCAAACUAUCGUUUACUGUGGGUCACAAAAUUGGAGGACUCGUUGGAAUUUAUUGCGGCUGUAGCUGUAAUUAAACGGUUCCCUACACCUGACCCUUCUUUAUCAUAUAAUGAGCAGCUCUUAGUUGUGAAAUUACCCAAAACACCAAGCACACAUGGAAACUCUGUCGAUCCAUCUGGGGGCUUAAACUUACUUCAAAAGUAUGUCAGUUUGGUGCUUCAUCCUAUUUUUGAAACGAUUACAAAGCACACUAAUAGUUCCGAGCGCGAUCGGGGCACGCAGACAAAUGUCUAUCUUACGAAGCAAAAGAUUGCAGAAUUAGAGGCAUUGUUGGCUCGUUUGCAGGAUGAUUACAGCGUUCCAACUAUACACUUCCUCGUUCAUCCGAGAAUUCACGAAGCGGUAUGUUCGGCCAAGGCAUCGAAUACCCCUGUUACAAUUGAUUGUAUCCCGGUAGAGCUUCUUGAAGAUCCCAAAUUUUUGAAUGCCUUGCAAAGCACCGUAAACUCAUGGAUUAAAUCGAUACAGGGUGUUACAAAUUUUCUUCUUGAGGAAGUCCAGGGAACAGCUGCCCAAGAAAUCACUUUUUACAAAUCAUUAGCAACCUCGCUGCGGGACAUCGAGGCUCAAUUGCAUAACGACGGGAUAGUACUGACAUUAGAGGUUUUAAAACACGCAAAACGGUUUCAUGCGACAAUAUCGUUUUUAGCGGAUACUGGUAUUCAAAGUGCUUAUGAGAAAGUCGUCGCUUAUAACACCUUUCUUUCAGAGUUCCCAUUAAGCGCUAUGAGUAUUGCCGGGACAUUUUCAUCUUUACAAGCUGCUAUCGAGCAAGCUUCAAAUCACGUCCGGAAGCGUUGGAAAAACUCUGGCUACCCGCUGAAGCGUACAAUCACAUUCAUUAAUUCAGCUACAGAAUCUUUCAUUAUUUCCGUAAUUAGAAUCAUGGAACCCAAGACUUUACUGUGUACUUCACUGGAAGAAUUCCUUUUCCGAUUGGAAUCAGCGAAAAAUGUCAUCCACAAGUGGAAUACUGAACUAAAUGAAUUCUUAGUACUAGCAAGAAGCGUGAUACGGAAGAGAAAAGAGCCCUUCUCCGUAAAAAAUCUCGACACAAACUUUAAAUGGCUGCUCGAUAAACUCGAUACUGUGCGUGAAUUUCGUCUUCACCAUGAAUCCUUUAUCACUGCCCUUUACGAUACAUCGAUAAAUUCUCAAUUUCUAGACGAAAGCGCUGUACUUUCACUUAAAAGCGCUUACGAUUCUAUCGUUCUUGAUCGUUAUUUUCAAUCCUCAGAUGCGAACAGCGAGACUUGGCAUUCCCAGACGAGUGAGUACAGCCGUGUUGUUAUAAAAAUUGAAGAUGUGAUUAUUUCUUGUUUGCGAAAUUUACUCCUUAAUGCAAAAUCGACGGAUGAAUUGUACGACGUUUAUAUGAACUAUAGAGUGUAUCUAAACCGUACGCGAAUUCAAAACGCUAUGUUGGAACACCAAUGUCGUCUAAUCAACUGCAUAAAGAAUGAUAUACAACAACUGAAGAGCAAAUAUAGCUCGAAUAUUUCAAGAAAAUCUGUUGAUGCCAUAUGCCGUUUAAGAGGAAUACCGCCGCACUCUGGUUCAUUACUAUGGGUUCGACAAAUUCUUGCACAAUUGGAUAUGCGUAUGAAGCGCGCCAAUGAUGUGCUGGGUGAUUCGUGGCUUAUUUAUGCUGAAGGAGCAAAGUUGAAAACCGAAUGUGAUUACUUCAGAGAAAAGUUGUGUUCACAUCUCACAGCAGACAACGUGUUAGAAAACCUCCAAUCUAACAAACUCAAUUUGGAUGGAUGUCUAAUAAGUAUUGCCAAGAAGCAUCAUUCAAGUAGUUAUUACUUGCUUACAGUCAGCAUUAACAUCGAACUUGCAAAAUGUGUCUCUAAUUCAAGCAAACAUCAAACUUCGAGAAAAGAGGCCUCGUUACCAAUACUCCAAAAAAUCCAGCAAAUCCAACACGUACUACCUUAUGCCGUAGGCUUACAAGACUGUUUUCAAAGUUACUCAGCCAUUGAAAGUAUGGAACAUUUCUCUGUGAAUGGCUUGAUUCUUAUUUCUGAUAUUGAGGAUGACAUUCGAAACCUGCUUUUCCAAGGACUUCAUGUUUCAUGGAUGAAAUUUCUUGAACCUCAAGUCGAUAAAUCCAUCGAAUUGGAAGAACCAUCUAGCGCAUUUGGUUUUUAUCAUAAGCUCAUCCAAAGAGUUCGUGUGUUUUCCCAUAAGGCUACCAAUCUAUCAGUCCUUCUGACCGAAGUUGAUAAGUAUUUUUGUUUUUUGGAUAAAUACUCGGAUAUCGAAUCAUUAAGAUCUACACUUUGGCAAUUUCAAGAAACCCUUGAGAAUUUUGAUUACACAAGUUACACGAAAGUACAGCUAUUCUUUGAUCUUCUUAACACAAAGGUUUUGGAAUUAUUGUCUAUGAAACUUGAUACGCUUUUGUCUUUAUGGACCGAUAAACUAUCACAUUUUGUUGUUACUGACUCCUUUAUUGAUACGCUCAUUAAACGAUAUUCACUCGCUUCCUUCAGUAACUUAUUUCCUAUACCCGUCAAUCUUGAAUUUGACGGGAAAUCAUUGCUAUUUAAUCCAACUCUAUCGCAAGUCUAUCGCCAUGUUUUAGACUUCUUCAACGUUUUAUUGAGACAAUAUUUUGAAUUGCCAAAACUGAAAGUUCCUUCGAGUUCUUUAGAACAAAAGAUCGGUGGAGACAGUACAACCGUUUUUAAUGAGUUGUAUCUACGAAGCUGCGAUAAUGUACUCUCAUCUCUACGCGCGUUGGACGUUUACUUCAAUAAUUUGAAAAUGAUGAAUUCUGAGUGGAUCCAAUUGAUUCCAUUGCUCAAUCUUCCAGUGUCCAAUACAAAGCAGCUAAAUUCAUAUGAUUUAGCGUUUUGGGUUUCUUAUUUACAACAAUGUUUAUUUUACAAAAACCAAUUGGUUGCGUUAAGUGAAUCUCAAAGUUUUGGCUUUGUACGAUUUAAUUUGCGGUACGCUAAAACUUUUUCCCUUAAUAGAUUGUAUGAGCUUGAAAACCUGGCACUUUCGAAUGUUGCUGAUACGUAUGCCCUUGAAGUCCAAACUCUGUUACAUGAAUUCGAUUUAUGUCGAGAUAGAUUUGAAGGAAUUCAAGUUGUGACUUUACCUACAAAAAAUGCUGUAGAGUUCGUCACUGAUCUCGGAACUAUGAUUUCAAAAAAGCAAUCGUUUCAAGAAAAGGUUACACUAAUUAAAAAGGCUGAUUCACUGCUUGCUACUGCCCCUUUAGAAGUUUGUGUAUCAUCGGAGACCGUCUCUCAAAGGUUUGAAGAUACUUUCCAACUCCUAGAGCAAAAGGCUACUGAGAGGGAUGUGUCAAUUGAUGAUUUGCGAGAAAGGGUGAAACAAGAAUGUAAUGUGUUAUUUUCUGAAAUAUCUGCAGCAAUUGCGGACUGGAACUCAUAUAAAUUAAAUAUCAGCUACGAAGAUCUUGGACUUACUGCAAAGUUACUUCAAAAACACCUUACUCUUAUAGAGGAAUUGAAGAACUCUUCAAAUGAAUAUGCUCAAACAAGCACAAUUUUUGGAGUCGAGUUUUCGCAUUUGGCAACCUUAAAAAAUACCUAUGAAGAUAUUUUACAUACGUAUAAUGUAGUAUUAUCUGUUCAGCAGGUUGAUACUUCUAUCCAUAAACUAGAAGAUAUCUCAUGGGAUGAUUUAGAAGUGAAGUCUGUCGCACGGGAACUUAAACGUUUAAUUGCUACACUAGAGGAUCUUCCUGUGGAAACUAGAGUGUGUCCUGCGUAUGGAGUUGCAAAGGGUUUACUUAAUCAAUAUUGGAAUUUACUUCCAAUGAUAACAGAAUUAAAGGCGGAUUAUUUUAAGCCAAGACAUUGGGCAAGACUAUUUUCCGAAUUGUCUCAACAACAAGAUAAUAACUCAAUUCGUGUCCAUUCACUUAAAGAUCUACUGUCUCUCGAUCUUUUUAAUCACUCGGAUACGUUUGCACGGACGCUCUCAUCAGCUAAAGGCGAACAUGAUGUUGAUAUUCAUCUGCAAGACAUAAAAGAAUAUUGGAACAAUUGUACUUUCCAUUUUAAAGUCUAUCGAGAUGAUCAACGCAUCUUAGUCUGUUGGGAUACAUUAUUUGAUAAAAGUCAAGAGCACUUGGGCAUUCUAACGUCAAUGAAGAAUUCAGCAUACUAUCAUGUUUUCUGUGAUUCUGCUAAAGAAAUAGAAACAUGGUUAUGCUCCAUGAACACUCUUUUUACUUCAUGCUUCGAGGUUCAAAAGUUAUGGCUUGACCUCUCAGAUGCUUUCUCUUGUAAUUCUGACAUCCAAGCGUUACUUCCGAGACAAUGCUAUCAGUUUUCGAAUAUUACAGUGGAGUUUAACACAAUCAUUGAUCAGUUAUGCUCCUGUCAAUUUAUAGCUUCCCUACAAAAUCCACUUGCUCUUACACAGAAGCUGACUGUAUUGCACCAGUCUUUAGUUACUCUGGAAAGGGCGCUAACAGAAUAUCUUGAAAGUAUGAGGGAGGAGUUUCCCGCUUUUUACUUUUUGGGUGACCAAGAUCUAUUGCAAGUUCUUACAACGGGCGAUCACUUAAAUAGGUUGCGUCCUCAUCUGAAAAAGAUCAUUCCGGGUAUCGAUGAUAUUAUUGCGGAUGAUAAUGCAAUAAGCAUACAAGGAAUUUGCUCUGAUAAAGGCGAACAAAUUAUUCUGGAACAUCCCAUUUCGCUCAAAGAAUAUUCUAAUGUUGUGAAGUUGUUAGAGUCCCUAAAGCGAGCAAUACGGGAAACUCUUCAACAAUUAUUUCGUUCUUCUCUAACUGAGCUAAUGAACGCUUUUGUUGAAAACGAUAGGUCUACUCGCAUGCUCAACUGGUGUCUACAUUAUCCGCUUCAAGUGUUAUUGCUGUCAUUACGCUGUUUUUAUACUGCUGAAAUCGAGAAGUGCAUUCAAAUGCGAGAUUACACUCAACUGAAGCGUGCAACACUAGAUCAUAUUAAUCAGAUUACGAACACUAUUGGAGACUUAAAUGACUAUCAGUUAUAUAUUGCAAGUUCACUUCUCAAUGAACUCAUUCAUUUUUCUCAGCUGAUCAAUAAGCUUGAGCGCAACGAGAUUUGUUCCCUUGAUAGCUUGUCUUGGUUGGAACAAAUUCGUACUUACUUUUCUUCAACGAAGGAUGAAAUCAACAUCAAAAUAGCUACUUGCUGUUUUUCCUAUACCUUCGAAUACAUCGGCACUCCUGAUUUUCUGGUCCAAACUGAACUAACUGGUUAUUGCUAUUUAGCAAUGAGUCAUGCGUUAAUCAAGGGAUUUGGUGGCUCACCAUGUGGACCGGCUGGUACUGGUAAAACAGAAACCAUCAAAGCGCUUGGUUCUUAUCUGGGACGCCAAGUUUUUGUAUUCAACUGUGAUGAAUCAUUUCAUUUCGAAACUAUGCAACGCAUCUUGACAGGAAUUUGCAAAUUGGGAGCCUGGGUUUGUUUCGAUGAGUUUAAUCGUUUAGAGCAAGGUACUCUAAGCGCUGUUUCUCAGCUUGUUCAAUCAAUUCAAUUAGCACUAAGAGAAAUCAAUGCUACUUCAAAAACAGGAACGAGCGUUCUUGGUAAAGUUGAGACUGGAACUGCACUUUUUAUUACCAUGAAUCCAGGUUACAUUGGUCGAUCGGAACUUCCAGAUAAUUUGAAACGUUUAUUCCGCUCUUUCCAGAUGUAUUCACCCGAUAAAGCGAUGAUUACUGAAGUGACGCUUUUUUCACAAGGAUUUAAGAAUGCCUCUCACUUAGCGAAAAACAUUGUUUCUUUAUUCGACUGUUCGAAACAGCAGCUAACUUCAUGUUCGCAUUACGAUUUUGGUCUCCGUACUAUUAAAGCAGUACUUAAAGCGUCGGGUUUCUUUAUGAGAGAACUAAUAAAAAGCGCGUCAACUGAAUUUACGGAAGGUCAAGUUUUAUGGGAAGCUUGCCUUGAUCUCGUUGGGCCAAAAUUGAUACGGUCUGAUUUGACACUUUUUAAAAAGAUUAAGGAUGAUAUAUUCGGUAGCGAAGUUAUCGAACUUGCAAUUGAUGAACAGCUGAAGGAGCAAGCAAAUGAAAUAAUAUUGUCCGAGAAUCUGUCUUCUAAUGCCGGGUUUGUUGAAAAAAUCAUCCAGAUCUACAAGGUCUCUCAAGUUAACCACGGAAUUAUGCUUAUUGGUGAACCCGGAGUUGGUAAAAGCACUGCUGUUCGUAUGCUUUUAAAAACUCUGCGUAUGGUCACCGGAGUUGAGUAUAUAAGUUAUAUACUUGAUGGAAAUAUUCUUAGUAAGGCCGCUCUAAUUGGAAAUUACGAUAAAGCGACGAGAGAAUGGAGUGAUGGUGUGUUCACCAAGAUACUUCGAUCAAUAUUUUUAAAUGAGAAGUCUGAGAUGCAGAAGCAACAUUGGAUUAUUUUCGAUGGUGAAAUAUCUGCAGAUUGGAUUGAAGCAUUUAAUAGUGUCUUAGAUGAUAAUAAGCUUCUAACGCUUCCGAAUGGUGAACGUUUGCGCCUUACUCCGAACAUACGUAUUCUGUUUGAAAUUGAUAAUCUUGAAAAAGUGACAAGGGCUACCAUAACUCGGUGUGGUAUGGUUUUCUUUGACUCCGAUUUGAUAAGGCUUCAAGAUAAGUUGUCUUCCUUUCAAAAUGACAUGAAUUAUUUCUUUGAGAGGGAGGAGACGAAACGAUGUGCAGCAAUGUUUUUCAAAAAAACCAAUCUCUCCUCCACUUUCAAACGUCAUGUAAAAAAUACUAUUUCAGCCUUACUGUCUUCCUCUUCGGAUCUUCAGGCUUGCUUUCAUUAUUCACUGUCCAUUCCACACAUUCUUCAAUUCUCAAUGAACCGAGCUGUUGAUCUCUUUCUAUCCUUGUUGCCGCACUGUGUCUUUGAACUAACUGAGCGUUUGUCAGCUAAACAAUUGGACCUCUUAAGUUACUCAAGUAUUGAGACCUAUAUUAGAAGGAAUGCUAUGAUUUAUCUUACGCUUGCUUGCGCUGGUGAUAGUACUCAAAGCGUAAGAGUUGAUUACUCAAUUUACUUGAUGAAGGUUUUCCAUGAAGACGAAAUUAUGCUAGAUGGACUUAGCCUUCUUGAUUAUCAUGUUGAUCCAAAUACACAAAAACUAUUAAAAAAACAAAUUCCUAAUGGCAAGCCUAAGGGGCUUUCUAUCGGAACACUUGAUACUGUUAUACCAACUACUGAAACCAUUCGAAAUCAAGACUUAAUCAAACUUUCGUUUUCCAUUAACAGUCCUGUUUUACUAUGUGGUCCUCCUGGCUCCGGAAAAACAAUGCUAUUUAUUGAUACGAUUCAGCGACUUCCAAAUUAUGAAUUGGUAUGCUUAAAUUUUUCUAGUUCAACUACUCCUACUUCUGUGUUAACUAUGCUUGAACAACAUUGUUCGUACAAACUUUUAUCUAAAGGAUUAACUCUUUCUCCAAUUUCUUCGAGUAAUCAUUUGCUGUGUUUUUGUGAUGAAGUUAAUAUUCAAAGCACUGAAAAGCGUUUAGAAGCUACAGCUGUGUUCUUCUUACGGCAGUUAAUUGAACAACGGUUUUUCUGGCAUCCACAAAGAAAGCAGUUAGUUUACAUUGAAAACAUACAAUUUGCUGCUGCCUGUAAUCCGUCUUCUGAUUAUGGGCGAUUUACCCUAUCACAAAGGGUAUUAAGACAUUUUCUUAUUCUCAUGAUUGACUAUCCAGAAAGAGAAUCACUACUUCAUAUCUACAAUCUUAAGCUUUGCUCUGCAUUUCGGAAUUUUCCUGAAUUACUAUCUGUUAGGUCCUCUUUGUGCGAAGGAAUGGUGAACUUUUUUAUAGAACUUAGGCAUUGUUUCUUGAUGAAACAGAACCCUUGCCUCGUUUUAUCACCGAGAGACUUAACACGCUGGUUCCAGAGUAUUGAAGAACUCAUUUGUUGCCUUCCUGAAGUUCACACCAAAUCUGUGAUUCAAUGCGUAAUCUUUGAGGCAGAACGUUUAUUUUGCAAUCGACUUAUUGAUGAUGAAGAGCGAAGAGAAGUCUUGAACCUUUUAUGUUAUCAGCUGCAACAAGCAAUUCAUAAUGUUGAUGAGGAAACAUCGUUCACAACUGGGUUAAUUCUUUCUUCCUGGUUAAGCGGGGAAUUGCGAACGGUAACUAUUGAGGAAUUGAGAGAUUUCUUAAACGGUAGGCUCAAUACCUAUUACGCUGAAGAAGGUGAAUUCCCUUUUGUACUGUCUAAACGAACAAUUCGGCAUAUAGUAUAUGCGAAUCGUAUCAUACAACAAAAACGUGGACAUAUGUUACUCAUGGGUGAAUGCGGUACUGGAAGAUCGGCUAUACUAAAAUUUGUAUCUUGGAUGAACAAUUAUAAGUUCUUUGAAAUCCCAUUUCGGUCAUCAUAUAAAGAUGAUGACUUUGAGGCAGAUUUGAGACAGAUUAUUCAAAUAGUGGGGCUUCAAGGAGAGAAAGUCUGUUUCAUGAUUGAUGACACUGUAACACCUAAUUCCUUUUUUAUUGAAAAAAUGAAUACGUUGUUAGCAAACUCUGAGUUUUCUGUCUUUUACGACAAUGCUGAAGAUUGGAACAAACUACUUACUGAAGCGAAAGUUAGUGCAAGUACAGAGAAUAUUGAUCUAAAAACAGAACAAGAAAUCUAUACUUUUCUGAAAAAUCGUGUUUCUGAGAAUCUUCAUGUGAUGAUAACUAUGGAAUACAAUCCAAAGAACGCCACAAAGGCAUUACUUGCAUCACCUGCUUUAUUUAACAGAUGUGUUGUAAACUAUUUCACACCAUUGGAUUACGAAGAAAAACGUUUGUUAGCAGUAUCGGCUCUUGAAUCCCUCAUUGCAAAAACACCUUUACUUCCUUCUUUUGCUUCAGCUUUGCGUGAGAAAACACUAGCUUUAGCAAAAGCGUUUGUAGAAGUUAGUGAAGUGCCAACGAAUUAUACAUCUCGAUGCGCAUUUUACUCUAACAUACCUGCCAAUUGGUAUUCUGAGUUUUUGAGACACUUCUUUGUCCUAAUUAAGAAAAGAUAUAGUCACUUGCUUCAUAGUCAUUCUCGCUUGGACACUGGCUUACUGAAACUUUGUGAAACGCAUCAGGAAGUUGCUAUUCUGAAAGAGUCUUUACGGAAUAAGGAACAGGAACUGACAGCAAAAGACACCGAAGCUAAUCAAAGUUUGCAACAGAUGGCCGGGAAGAAGGAAAUUGCCGAAGAUAGCAGGAGAAAGGCUCUUGAAUUUGAAAACGUACUUAAGAUACGUUCGAAAGAAAUUGAAGCGAGAAAACAACAAGCGAUGCAUAGACUCGCUGAUGUCAAGCCUAAAUUGUUGAAAGCCAAGGAAUCGGUCAGUUGCAUAUCAAAACAACAGUUGAUAGAAUUGCGAUCGAUGGGACAUCCUCCGGAUACGGUGAAACUUGCUAUGGAAUCCGUUUGUUUUCUUUUAGGCUACAAAUUUAAAACAUGGCGAGACGUUCAAUCACUACUUCGCAAAGACGAUUUAAUUCCCAACAUAUUAAACUACAAACUGGAGAAAGAGUUACCGCGUGGAUUUUUUGAAGUUCUAAACACAAAAUACUUCAAUAAUCCUAACUACAGUUAUGAAAAUGCCAAUAGGGCCAGUAGGGCAUGUGGUCCCUUGGUCCUUUGGGUACAGUCCCAAGUAUCUUAUGCUCAGGUUGUUAAUGACAUUAAGCCUCUUGAACAGGAAAUCGACCUACUUACCAAACAAAACGCUGAAGCAGAAGAAACGAUGAAAGCGACACAAAGUGAUAUAUCAAAUCUACAAGAAGAGAUUGAAAUUUAUCGAGCCAACUAUGCAAAAUUAUUGCAAGAAAUUGAACAGCUAAAGACAGAGAUGGUUAAUGUGAACAGAAAAAUUGAAAAAAGUGAAAAGCUUCUUGCAGCUUUAAACAACGAAAAACAAAGAUGGGAAGUCUCUGUUUCAGGUUUCGAGAAAGAACUUGAGUUUCUAAUCGGCGAUACACUCUUAUUGGCCUUCUAUAUUGAUUUUUGUGGCUACGCAGACCUUGCUAUCCGUCAUCUAUUCAUUAAAGAUUGCUUGCAAUGUCUUGAUUCGUGUGAUAUUUCCUACAAUAAACACCUGCCGUUCUCUGAGUUAUUAGUUCAAGUAACAUCCGGUGACUACAAUUCAACAGAUGCUCAAAAGUUAGAGAAUAUGGCGGUGUUGGAGAACAGCCUACGACGACCGUUCAUUAUUGAUCCCACUGCUCGGGUUAUCCCUCUAUUACAAAAUCUUCAUGCAAAGCAACAUCCUGUUGUUACUAGCUUUUUGAGUGCAGCCUUUGUUAAGCAAUUUGAAGCAGCGCUCCAAUUCCGCACUCCUUUAAUUGUUAAGGACGCGGAUUCUUGGGAUCCGAUCGUAAAUUCUGUACUUGCUAAAGCUUCAGACGAUUCUUCUAGUAAAGUGACUGUCUGCUUCAAUAAAAGAACUUACGAAAUAAAUGUUCCCCUACAGGUUUACUUUGUCACACAGAAAACGGAUUGUUUCAUUAACUCCCGGACAAAAAGCCUCGUUUGCUUCGUUAACUACAGCUUGACUCCAAAUAACUUAGAACUGUCAGCAAUCGAUAAGGUACUUAAGCUUGAGAAUAUUGAUAUUGGACAAAAACUGCAACAAAACUUUGGACUGAAAACUCAGUACACCGAAAAGUUGAAGACUUUGGAAGACACUUUACUCGAGUCCAUUAGCAAAUUACAGGGAACGAUCCUUGAAAAUGACUCGGUUAUUUCCACAUUGCAGCAAGUAAAAGAGGAUGCAGAAAAGGUGGAGACGCUACUUGCUGCGAAUCAGAAGGCCACUGAGCUUAUUAAUUUAAAAAUGUCAGAAUACGCAGAGAUUGCUCAAGCAUGUCGACAAGUAUACCAACUGUUAAGCGCGUUGAGUUGUCUUUCUCCCGCGUAUCAAUUUUCCUUAGAUUUUGUUGACAAGGUGUUUUCGAAGUCAUUAUCACUCGUUCAUUUAGAGUUUCUUCAGCAAGGCCAAUCUAUUCUUGAACUUGUUUUGGAGGAAUUUUUCAAAAAUAUUCUGGAAUCGGUCUUGCCUAGUCUUUUUAUGAAAGACAAGGAUAUAUUUGCCUUAUUUUUGAUUCAAUUAAAGUAUCCGCAAUAUAAGAACGCUUUGCUUUGCCUCGGAUUCAAAGGUGAGCCAGAGGAUAUGUUGGCACAUAUACGCGAGUCUGGAAUAAUACCUAACGAUAUUGUCAAUAAGCUUGUAGCAUCAACCACAAUUGACGAAAAAAGCAUAUCACAAUUGUACUGUGAUAUACCAAAGGAAAAGACUGCUAAACAAGAAUUUCUAUUACAAAAACUUAUUCUAUAUCGAACGUUUGUUAGGGAAAGGUUUUUGGAGCAGCUUCAGAUUUUCUUAAGUACUGUAUUUGGAGAUUCAUACAAUUUGUCCAAUCGAACUGAUCUUCUUCAAUCGCUUAAAGAAGAGUCUUCCCCAGACAUUCCUUUACUGUUGGCUUCUGUUCCAGGGCAUGAUGCUAGUUCAUAUGCAGAAGAAUGCAUACAGGCGCUGCAAGUUCAGUUUCACAGUAUCUCAUUGGGUUCAUCAGAAAGUGAAACUGAAGCAAUGAAUGCAAUCUCUGAUGCAUCAAAGAGAGGUGGAAUGGUUCUUCUUAAGAAUGUACACUUGUCAAUAAAUAUCCUAAACCAACUCCUCCCUUAUGUUUCUUCUUUGAAAAAGUCGAAAUCGUUUCGGCUUAUACUAACUUUGGAGCUAUCAUCCAGUCCGCCAACUGAUUUGUUUUAUCAGUCCCGUUUUCUUAUAUACGAUGGCGCUUCUAAUUUGAAACAGCUUUUUCUAUCUUCAUUUAUACGAGCACAUGAAUUUCACACUUCGAGCUUUUCUGCUCUUGAAGAAAGGGUGUGUUUUCUUGUUUGCUGGAUUUACGCAGUGUUCCUUCGCCGACUUGAUUAUGGUUCGUUGGGUUGGUCAAAGCCUUACGACUUCAAUGAAGUUGAUCUGUCUUUGUCAAUUAAGCUAGUUGAAGAAUGGGCUUUAAGCUCAAAAAAACGUGUGAAUUCUCCAAACGUAUUGGUUCCAUGGGAUGCGUUUCAAUUACUUUUGUCUCGAGUCAUAUAUGGAGGAAAGGUGUCUGAUGAAAAUGACACAAGAGUUUUAAACACUAUCAUCGCCAAACUUCUACGUGAAGAGUCCCUUUCUCCAGCAUGCAACUUGUCCUUAAGUGACUCGUCAAACUUGGUGUUACCUGUACUUAAUUCCUUUGAAGAUUAUACCCGGUUUGCUGAAACAAUGCCUCAGUCUGAAAAUUCAGAAUGGUUUGGACUCGUGAAAGAUGCUAAAUCGAGGAAGACAACUUCUGAAACAAAAGAAUUUCUUGAAACUUUCUCAAAUUUGCAAGCGAAACUUUCUGAACUGUCUUAAAUACGUGAUUUUGCUAAAUACACUUUCUUAAAAAAGAGAAUCACGAUACUAAUGUUUAUGAUUUACUAGUGAUUUUUAUGUUCUUAUAGAGUAAAAAAUAUACGUAUUUAUGAUAAUUACAAUGUUUUGACUUUUUGAAUGGAAUACUUGUAUAAUUAAAUAUGAUAGCCUCUAUAAACCCUAAUCCAAAACACUGUUUAUUUCCUAUGAAAUGCACAAAAUGGUAUUCCGCCAUAGGUUUCAAUCCCAAAAUGAUGAGUUAUUUUUUUGCUGCGAAGGAGGCG